AUGGCGGUCGAAGACGUCGAAGCUUUGGCAUACGUCCUGGGACCCAGCUCUCCGUACACGGAUCUCGGCAUGCCGGAGAAGCUUAAGAUCGUAGAGAAGAUCCGCUACGUGCGUGCGGGCAUCGUCCAGAUGCAGUCACGCGCAAUCGCUGGGGAUCGUCGAGCGUUCGCUGAGCACAGCGAAGACGAAGCGUGGAGGCUGACGAACCCGACCCGGUUCCACCAAUAUGUCUUCAACUACGAGGGCCCUCAGUUGGUGCCCGUGCUGUCCGACGAGGAAUACGAGAAGGCGAAAGCGACGGAGAUCCCGAAGGUGAAGCAUAGGGCGACGACGGCGGUCAGGGCGUGA